AUGACACCCGUGCUGUGCAGUGUCUUCAUCUGCUGGCUGGCGGCACUUCAUCCCAUCCUGCCAACCUUCCUCUUCAGGAGCCUCACUCAGUCAGUCAUCGUAGCUCUGUCAGUCUGCACGGCGGCGGCGGACCGGCCCCAAGCCUUUACCCAGCGGGCACAAGCGGCCAAAACCAAUGGUAAGCACAACUCCGGGAUCUUAGAGUCGCGCCAUCAGGAGAGUCGGUGUGCUGCCCUCCAGUAUCGAGCCAACAAGUAUUCAGCGGGAGGAGAAGGUCCCCGACACGGAGCCUCAAAGCUAGCGAUGCCCGGAUCCACGCCGGCCAGCAGCAAGGCUCGGGUGUACACCGAAGUCAACACACAGAAGAACCGGGAGUACUGGGACUAUGACGCACACGUGCCAAACUGGAGCAAUCAAGACAACUACCAGCUGGUCCGCAAGCUGGGCAGAGGGAAGUACAGCGAGGUGUUCGAGGCCAUAAACGUGACCAACAAUGACAAAGUGGUGGUGAAAAUCCUCAAACCCGUUAAGAAGAAGAAAAUCAAACGUGAAAUCAAGAUCCUUGAAAACCUGCGAGGAGGAACCAACAUCAUCCGCCUGGUGGACACGGUCAAAGACCCCGUGUCCAGAACACCAGCGCUUGUCUUUGAGUGCAUCAAUAACACAGAUUUUAAGGAGCUUUACCAAAAGCUGACAGACUACGAUAUCCGUUACUACAUGUAUGAGCUUCUCAAGGCUCUGGACUACUGUCACAGUAUGGGAAUCAUGCACAGGGACGUGAAGCCUCACAAUGUGAUGAUCGACCACCAGAUGAGGAAGCUGCGUCUUAUAGACUGGGGUUUGGCUGAAUUCUACCAUCCCGCUCAGGAAUACAACGUCAGGGUGGCCUCCCGCUAUUUCAAAGGCCCUGAGCUGCUAGUGGACUAUCAGAUGUACGACUAUAGUUUGGACAUGUGGAGUCUGGGCUGCAUGUUGGCCAGCAUGAUUUUUCUGAAGGAGCCAUUUUUCCAUGGUCAGGACAAUUAUGACCAGCUGGUCCGCAUCGCCAAAGUUCUCGGCACAGAUGAGCUGUUCGGCUAUCUGCACAAGUACCACAUAGAACUGGACACACGCUUCAAAGACCUGCUGGGACAGCAAACCCGGAAGCGCUGGGAGCAGUUCAUCCAGUCGGAGAACCAGCACCUGGUGAGCCCCGAGGCCCUGGACCUGCUGGACAAGCUGCUGCGCUACGACCACCAGCAGAGGCUGACGGCGGCCGAGGCCAUGCAGCACCCCUACUUCUAUCCUGUGGUGAAGGAACAAGUGAAUGCCAACACAGACGGCACAAAGGCAAUAAGCAGCUCCAAUGCAACAUGAUAACCAGAGAGCAGGAAGAAUCGUUGUUACCUCAACUUGUGACCUUUUCGUGGCAGAAACCUCUGCCUCCACAUCAACAGCCAUACUGGAGCAAGAUGUCAAAUUAGCAGCACACACAAACACGCACGGA